AGCGGCUGUUUCUUCUUCUUCUUCUUCUUCUUCCCUUGAGGCUGUCAGCUCUGAUGAGCUUGGAAAGUCGCGGCCGACCUGCAACAAGCCGCCAUAGCGGAUCGUCGACGACGGCGCCGACGUACAAACUUGUGUUUGAAGAAGAAAGGAAACGGCGAACGUGUCUUGCAAGCACAGCGGCAUCCAUUCGCACCAUCAAUUCCGGAACUUGGCUCGAUCACCCCGCGAACGAAAAAGCAAAGAUACUUCCUUCGAACUUCCAUCGUCUCUCGAAGAAGGAGACAGAUAGGAAUGAUAUGAGAGAGAAAGAGAGAGAGGAAGGACAGGAAGAAAGGUAUAGGCUACUUAACGGUCGCUGGAAUGAAUCCUGAAGGCCCUCUGGGUUCGGCAUGUGGCUUAUUAUAUCCGCUAAUAAGCGCAGUAUAUCGCGUCGAUUAUCCGCUAAGUAUAGGGUCCAAGCCAAAGGGCUAUCGGCAUCAGCCAUUGGGCCGAUGACUGCACGUCACUGGCAUGCACACAGCCGUAAUUCAUACGGUUGGCUAUAAUGGCCGGUCGGUCGUGCUGCCCGUCGUCUACGUAUAUAUUUCUGGUCAUCCUCCUCUCGCCACGAGCAAGACAAAUAAAUCACAAAAUUUAUAACUACGUGCCCGCGCGCGUCUCCGAAAAAAAGAAUCGCGUCGCCGAACCGGACGGCUAGACGAUACGUGCUUCUCGCAAAAGGUUCUGCACGAGAACGAGCGGAAAGCGCGAGUCUCUUGACACUGAUUUGAUCUCUUCUUAUUUCUGAACCGUGCGAUGGCUGAAUGAAUAUUUGCUCAGGUCUCGUUCCAAUGAAAACACAAAAUUGGCAAGGCAAAACCUCUCGCAGGACCAGGAGCUUGAAAUCUUUCACCUGCAGUUUUGGAAAACUCAUAAAUAAGAUGUCAUAAAUGAGUUAAAUCCCAAAUUCAAAACAUUCCAACAACAAGCCAUUGUAUUUUAUGUCCUAUAACAAAUUACAGUCUAAGAUCAAAAUUAAAUCGCAUAAGAGAUUGUAUUGUAGUAUGCGCACGAGCACAUGUGCUAAAACAAGACUAACAGCCCGCUGAUUAAUGUAAACAGGCUCGCAACGAUUACUAAAGGAUUAAACGGGGACUUUAAACGGUAACAGAUGCUCGCGGGUCGCCUGUGUAUUUUAAGUGUAUCCGGUACUUGAUAUCGCUUCCUAUCGGUUGCACGUUGCGGAAAGUGCCUUGGUACAUGGAGCGAUACUAAUUUUAACGUUUAACUCAUGCAACGUGCUGCACGUGAAGUACGUUCUUAAAAAAAGAUUAGAAACAAACGUUCAUUAUGUAAAACAUAUACAUAUCAGUUGACUUUCUGUAAUAAAUAUUCUUCGUGUUUCAAUCCUUUAUGUUUACGGCACGGCUAAGCGCUAAUUAUUUCCUUCUUUAACAUAUUUUUCAAUUACACAUUUAAGAAAGAAAAUAAAAUUCUUCUUCUAAAGCUUU